UAUGAACAUAGUGACAACAUCACCAUCAACAUCUCAACUAAGAUCUGCUCCUUCGGCAAACAAGUCAUCGAGAAAGUUGAAAUGGUGUCCACAAAAUCAGAAGCCACAGCAACGACAUUUAGUAACGAUAGAUCUUGCAUGUGCGAAUAUAUGGUGAAUUUUAUUAACAAACUGAAAAAGUUGCCUAGCACAGAGCUUAUGAACAGCGUCUUAGAUAACUUCACCGUGAUACAGGUCAUCAAAGACAACAGUAGCAACAAACUCCUCUUAUGUGUUGUCAUGCUGUUCGAAGUGGGCGCGUCCAACCAACAACCAACUGUCUAUCAAAUAAAGCGCUAG